AAUAAUGCAAAAAGUUGCCUACAUAAUGUGUGUGCAUAUGAAUAUAUAAUUUCGUCAACAUAAACUCACUAUUUACAUAGGAACCAUUUCACGUCGCUUUUGGGAGAAUACUGUUGUUUUUCUUUCGAGGUAACAGCAAACUUGAAUCAUUUUGGGACUCGUUCAUAUCCAAACCCCCAAAAUAAUGUCCUUAUUAACUCAACAGAGUCCUGCUUAGUUUCUUAAAUUAAAUGCAGCUAUCUAAUAUUUUCGCUUUCUUCCCUUUACCAAAUUUAAUUUAACCCAUCGGGCAUUUUAGGUACGUCAAUGAACUUAAUGAAUCGGUUCAUCUUGAAUGCUCCUUGACUGGAUGUGAAUGAUCUGAGAAACGCGGUUUGUUAUGAAAAUCCAUGGUCACAGACAUGUACCGAGCACAUGUCAGGUGCUGUUUGAUUAUGAGCAUUUUCGCCUGUUGUGCAAGCCACCAGUCACUCCCCUCACUGAACACUUUGCAUAGUAGUAGUGAUAUAACCAUAGACUGUGUAAAAUAUAACAAAGUCCACUGAGGCUCACAGCUGCCGAAGCGUCACGCCCAUUAACGCGCACCAUGUCUGCCGAAAAAGUUCCUGACACCCCAGUGGAAGUCCUUGUGGAUCUCCUAACAAAAGCUAAGGACACAGCCGCAGCUAGUGCCAAUGUGCCGGAGGAGCUGAAAGGUCAGCUGCAGAAGGCUCUGGACAUAGCCAGCGGCCUCGAUGACUACCUGGAGAAAAUGACCACUCAGGAGAGCGAACCUCUGGCAGAGCUGUAUAAAAAGACAAUUUGCCAUGACUGGGAUCAAGUGCACAAGGAGGGUAGGACCAUGUUCCGGCUUCCUAAAGAGUGCAUCACAGGACAUGUUGAAGGCCAGACCCUGAAGAUGCUGAUCCACAUGAGUCAGGCUAAGAGGGUUUUAGAGAUCGGGAUGUUCACUGGCUACGGUGCACUGUCCAUGGCUGAAGGGCUUCCUGAGGAUGGCUGCUUAGUAGCCUGUGAGUUAGAGCCGUACCUCAAAGCCUUCACUCAGCCCAUUUUCGACAAGUCUCCACAUGGCAAGAAGAUUAUCGUGAAGACUGGAUCUGCCAUGGACACCCUAAAGGAGUUGGCUGCUGCAGGUGAGCAGUUUGACAUGGUCUUCAUUGAUGCUGACAAGGAGAAUUACAUCAACUACUACAACUUUAUUCUGGACAACAGUCUGCUGAGACUGCAAGGGGUCAUAUGUGUUGAUAACUCCCUGUUCAAAGCUAAAGUUUACCUUAAAGACACUACGGAUAGCAAUGGACUGGCACUGAGAAGAUUCAACCAGUUUGUGUGUGACGAUCCCCGAGUGGAGCAGGUUAUUAUCCCUCUUAGAGACGGCAUCAGUGUCAUCCGCCGGGUACCUGUGGCUUCUGACAGCUCACAGAGUAAAAUAACAGAUGAUGAAGUUUUCCGCGGGGUCAAGGGGCGCUCCAUCCUCGAUCGGAUGCGUCUUGAUGGAAAGGUGGCCUACGUGACGGGUGCUGGGCAGGGCAUAGGCCGAGCAUUCGCUCAUGCUCUGGGUGAGGCCGGUGCCAAGGUUGCUGUGGUAGACCUGGACCAAAAGAAAGCUGAGGCAGUGGCUGAAGAGCUCUUCCUUAAAGGGAUCAAUGCCAUUCCCAUCACAGCUGACAUCAGCAGAUCACAAGAUGUCCAGAGGAUGAUUGACAGUAUUGUCUCCAAAUGGGGGGCGAUCCACAUCGGCUGCAACAACGCUGGCAUCAACAUGAACUCAGCCAGUGAAGACACCAGUCUAGAGGAGUGGGACCAAACCUUUAACGUCAACCUGAGAGGGACUUUCAUGUGCUGUCAGGCAGCAGGUCGAGUGAUGUUGGAGCAAGGAUACGGCAAGAUUAUCAACACAGCCUCCAUGGCCAGUCUAAUAGUCCCCCAUCCACAGAAGCAGCUUUCCUACAACACGUCCAAGGCCGGAGUGGUCAAACUGACUCAGACUCUGGGCACAGAGUGGAUUGACAGAGGAGUGCGGGUCAACUGCAUCUCACCGGGGAUUGUUGACACCCCUCUCAUCCACUCGGAGAGUCUGAGGCCUCUGGUGCAGCGCUGGCUGUCAGAUAUCCCUGCUGGUAGACUGGCUCAAGUGACAGACCUGCAAGCUGCAGUGGUCUACUUGGCAUCUGACGCCUCCGACUACAUGACAGGGCAUAACUUAGUCAUAGAGGGUGGGCAAAGUCUGUGGUAGAUGAAGAGAUGAAAACUUUUUUUUUUCUUCCUUUUCACUCUCCUGGGAUUAGUCUGUGAAAUAGGUGGCAUUCACAUGAUCGCCUUUUGAUACAUUCACAGCAGUGUUAGUUAAAGCCUUACUGGAUUUUUAACUUCUGGCGAGUUAACAUCAGGGUCAUGGUGUGAUGAGAUAACUGGCAGCCUUCGGUCUUAUUUGAGGUUCAGUUGUGGUGUCACAUGUUAUGAUUGUGGCUAACUGAACUUUUUUGUGAAAAGAAUAACUGUCUUAUGAUAAAGGUGAAUAAAAGGUUCACCCCCAAAUCCCUCAAAA